UUUGUGGUUGAAUUACAAAGCCACUUCUUCAGCCAGCUCAUUCUGGAUGAAUGAAUGAUUACCCUAAGUGCCAUCCACACUUCCUCUAGGGCAUCAUUUCACGGACUCACUUCCUGCACGUGUUAACCAUGCUGCCUUGCUCCCAGGACCAUGUAAAGCCGACUGAGCAUUAAUCUCCCUCAGAGCACAAACUGUACUGCAGGUUAAAAUGGGGAACUCCGAGAGUCAGUACACUCUUCAAGGAUCUAAAAAUCCCAGCAGUACUGUUACUGGUGCUAAGCAGAAGCCUUGCUCCCUGAAAAUCCGCAGCAUUCAUGCAAAAGAUGACAAGUCAUUGCAUGGAUGGGCUCACGGAGGCAGCGGAGCAGGUUACAAGUCCAGGUCCCUGGCCCGAAGCUGCCUUUCCCACUUUAAGAGCAAUCAGCCUUAUGCAUCGAGACUGAGUGGACCCACAGGCAAAGGCUCCAAGGGCAGUGCCUACUCCAAGCACAGGACAGAUGCGUCAGGAAAUGAUUUCCAGGGCAGCAGCGCUGCCUUCUCCCCCGAGAACGGCUUCCACUAUGUUGGGCAUGAACCGGCAGGUCCCCACGUGGCAGAUAACCACACGGCCUCCAAGGACCGCAAUGGACACCUCCUCAACUGCUAUGGCAGACAGGAGAGCGUUGCAUCCACCCCGCCCGGCGAGGACCGAAAGAGCCCCCGAGUGCUCAUCAAGACGCUGGGCAAGUUGGACGGGUGUCUCCGGGUUGAGUUCCACAACGGUGACGGCCACGGCACAGGGCCCCCGGGGGACUCGGGCGGGCCGGUCCAGCUGCUGCGGUACUCGCCCACCCUGGCCCCGGGAGCCGACUCCCCGCCCAGCCCUCGCCUCUCCGCCACCGACUCGCGCCCGCGCUCCAGCAAGGGCAGCUCCCUGAGUUCAGAGUCGUCCUGGUACGACUCGCCCUGGGGCCACGCCGGCGAGGGCAGCGAGGCCGAGGGCCCCUGCCCGGCCCCCGGCACCCCUGACCGCAGCCUCCGCGGCUUCCCCCCCAGGGAUGCCCAAAAGCCUUUCACGCAAAGCUCCUCCCUCUCCUCCCUCCGGGAGCUCUACCCGGCCGCCACCCUGGGGAGCCUGUCCCCCUCCGCCAUCGGGCUCUCCGACGAGUACAUCGGCACGCACGCCAGCCUCAGCCACCGCGUCUCCUUCGCCUCCGACAUGGAUGUGCCCUCCAGAGUGGAGCGCAGGGACCCCGGCCAGUACGCGUCCUUCACCCUCCCCUGCAGGAAGUCCACAGCCUUGGCAGAGGAUACUUCAAAGAAGGACACUCUGAAAGCCAGAAUGCGCCGCAUCAGCGACUGGACGGGAAGCCUCUCCAGAAAGAAAAGGAAACUCCAGGAGCCGAGGUCCAAGGAGGGCAGUGACUACUUUGACAGCCGCUCAGAUGGACUCAAUGUGGACAUGCAGGGGCCUUCCCAGGUGUCUGCUUCCCUGUGGUCAGGGGGCUCGGCUCAGAUCCUGUCCCAGAGAAGCGAAUCUGCUCACGCGAUUGGCAGCGAUCCCCUCCGUCAGAACAUUUAUGAGAAUUUCAUGCGAGAGUUGGAAAUGAGCAGGACCAACACGGAGAACCUAGAAACGUCCACAGAAACCGCUGAGUCCAGCAGCGAGUCCCUCAGCUCUUUGGAACAACUGGAUCUGCUCUUUGAGAAGGAACAGGGGGUGGUCCGGAAAGCCGGGUGGCUCUUCUUCAAACCCCUUGUCACUCUGCAGAAGGAGAGGAAGCUCGAGCUGGUGGCUCGGAGGAAGUGGAAGCAGUACUGGGUGACACUUAAAGGAUGCACACUGCUGUUUUAUGAGACCUAUGGGAAGAAUUCCACGGACCAGAGUAGCGCCCCUCGGUGUGCCCUGUUUGCAGAAGACAGCAUCGUACAAUCUGUCCCAGAACAUCCCAAGAAGGAAAACGUGUUCUGUCUCAGCAACUCCUUUGGAGACGUCUACCUUUUCCAGGCCACUAGUCAGACAGAUCUGGAAAAUUGGGUCACUGCCAUACAUUCGGCUUGCGCAUCCCUUUUCGCGAAGAAGCGUGGGAAAGAGGAUACCGUUCGGCUACUGAAGAACCAGACCAGGAACCUCGUUCAGAAGAUAGACAUGGACAGCAAGAUGAAGAAGAUGGCAGAAUUACAGCUGUCCGUGGUGAGCGACCCAAAGAACAGGAAGGCCAUAGAAAACCAGAUCCAGCAAUGGGAGCAGAACCUGGAGAAAUUUCACAUGGAUCUCUUCAGGAUGCGCUGCUAUCUGGCCAGCCUACAAGGCGGAGAGUUGCCAAACCCCAAGAGCCUUCUUGCUGCCGCCAGCCGCCCCUCCAAGCUGGCCCUCGGCAGGUUGGGCGUCUUGUCAGUUUCCUCUUUCCACGCUCUGGUAUGUUCUAGAGAUGACUCUGCUCUCCGGAAAAGAACACUCUCACUGACCCAGCGAGGAAGAAACAGGAAGGGCAUAUUUUCUUCAUUAAAAGGGCUGGACACACUGGCAAGAAAAGGGAAGGAGAAAAGACCUUCUAUAACUCAAAUAUUUGAUUCAAGUGGCAGCCAUGGAUUUUCUGGAACUCAGCUACCUCAAAACUCCAAUAACUCCACUGAGGUUGAUGAACUUCUGCAUCUGUAUGGCUCAGCAGUAGAUGGUGUUCCCCGAGACAACACUUGGGAAAUCCAGACUCACAUUCACUUCCAGGAUCAUCAAGGAGUUACUGUAGUGAUUAAGCCAGAACACCGAGUAGAAGAUGUUUUGACUUUGGCAUGCAAGAUGAGGCAGUUGGAACCCAGCCACUAUGGCCUCCAACUCCGAAAAGUGGUCGAUGAAAACACUGAGUACUGUGUUCCUGCACCAUACGAAUAUAUGCAAGAACAGGUUUAUGAUGAAAUAGAAGUCUUUCCACUAAAUGUCUAUGACGUGCAGCUCACGAAGACUGGGAGCGUGUCUGACUUUGGGUUUGCAGUGACAGCGCAGGUAGAUGAGCAUCAGCAUCUCAGCCGCAUAUUUAUAAGUGAUGUUCUCCCUGACGGCUUGGCAUAUGGGGAAGGGCUGAGAAAGGGCAACGAAAUCAUGACCUUAAAUGGGGAAGCCGUGUCUGAUCUCGACCUUCAACAGAUGGAGGCCCUGUUUUCUGAGAAGAGUGUUGGGCUCACUCUGAUUGCCCGGCCGCCGGACACAAAAGCACCUCUGUGUUCUUCCUGGUCAGACAGUGACCUGUUCUCAAGGGACCAGAAGAGUCUGCUGCCCCCUCCUAACCAGUCCCAGCUCCUGGAGGAAUUCCUGGAUAACUUUAAAAAGAACACAACAAAUGAUUUCAGCAACGUCCCUGACAUCACAACUGGCCUGAAAAGGAGUCAGACCGAUGGCACGCUGGAUCAGGUCUCCCACAAGGAGAGAAUGGAGCAGACAUUCAGGAGUGCUGAACAGAUCCCUGUGCUGUGUAGGAGUUUUAACGACACCCAGACCAACGGCAUGGAAGGACCGAGAGAGGGUCAGGACCCCCCUCUGAGACCACUCGCCCGCCACCUCUCUGAUGCAGAUCGCCUCCGAAAAGUCAUCCAGGAGCUCGUGGACACAGAGAAGUCUUAUGUGAAGGAUCUGAGCUGCCUCUUUGACUUAUACCUGGAGCCACUUCAAAAUGAGACCUUUCUUACCCAGGAUGAGAUGGAGUCACUCUUUGGAAGUCUGCCAGAGAUGCUUGAAUUUCAGAAGGUGUUUCUAGAGACUCUGGAGGAUGGGAUUUCAGCAUCAUCUGACUUGAACAUACUUGAAACCCCCUCGCAGUUUAGAAAACUACUGUUUUCCCUUGGAGGCUCUUUCCUUUACUACGCGGACCACUUUAAACUGUACAGCGGAUUCUGUGCCAAUCAUAUUAAAGUACAGAAGGUUCUAGAGCGAGCAAAAACGGAUAAAGCCUUCAAGGCUUUUCUGGAUGCCCGGAAUCCCACCAAGCAGCACUCCUCCACGCUGGAGUCCUUCCUCAUCAAGCCGGUUCAGAGGGUGCUCAAAUACCCGCUGCUGCUCAAGGAGCUGGUGUCCCUGACGGACCACGAGAGCGAGGAGCACUACCACCUGACGGAAGCACUAAAGGCAAUGGAAAAAGUCGCGAGCCACAUCAAUGAGAUGCAGAAGAUAUAUGAGGACUAUGGGACCGUGUUUGACCAGCUAGUGGCAGAGCAGAGUGGGACAGAGAAGGAGGUAACUGAACUUUCAAUGGGGGAACUUCUGAUGCACUCUACAGUUUCCUGGUUGAAUCCGUUUUUGUCUCUAGGAAAAGCCAGAAAGGACCUUGAGCUCACAGUAUUUGUUUUUAAGAGAGCCGUCAUAUUGGUUUAUAAAGAAAACUGCAAACUGAAAAAGAAAUUGCCCUCGAAUUCCCGGCCGGCACACAGCUCUGCUGACUUGGACCCAUUUAAAUUUCGCUGGUUGAUCCCCAUAUCCGCACUUCAAGUCAGACUGGGGAAUACAGCAGGGACAGAAAAUAAUUCCAUAUGGGAGCUGAUCCACACGAAGUCAGAAAUAGAAGGACGGCCAGAAACCAUCUUUCAGUUGUGCUGCAGUGACAAUGAAAGCAAAACCAACAUCGUCAAGGUGAUUCGAUCUAUUCUGCGGGAAAACUUCAGGCGUCACAUCAAGUGUGAACUACCCCUGGAGAAAACAUGUAAGGAUCGCCUGGUGCCCCUUAAGAACCGCGUUCCUGUUUCAGCCAAAUUAGCCUCAUCCAGGUCCUUGCGAGUCCUCAAGAAUUCCUCCAGCAGCGAGGGGCCCAGUGAGCCUGGCAAGGGCAGCUCGCUGGAUUCCGACGAGUGCAGCCUGAGCAGCAGCACCCAGAGCAGCGGCUGCCACACGGCCGGGAGCAGGCAGGACUCCCUGAAACACCCCCACGCGGGCUUGGGCGAUUUUUCAGAUGGUCUCAUCAAAGAGAGCGACAUUCUGAGCGACGAUGAGGACUACCAUCAGACUCGGAAACAGGGCAGCCCGACCAAAGACAUUGAGAUUCAGUUCCAGAAACUGAGAAUCUCCGAGGACCCCGAUGCUCAUCCGGCCGAACAGCAGCCUGGCACGGCCGGCCGGCCGGGAGGGGAACAGCCCAAACUGGUCCGGGGGCACUUCUGCGCCAUCAAACGGAAAGCAAACAGCACCAAAAGGGACAGGGGGGCUCUGCUCAAGGUGCAGACUCGUCACCAGUCCCUUGACAGUCAAUGUGAAAAUGCCAACCUGGAUUUCAAUUCUGUCCUAGAGCGAGAAUUCAGUGUCCAGAGCUUAACUUCUGUUGUCAGUGAGGAGUGUUUUUAUGAAACAGAGGGCCAUGGAAAAUCAUAGUACAAUUUCAAUCCAGAUAUGGGUGAAAUUGCUCGUUUCUCUUUUAAACUGGUGGUAAAGUGGCAACGGCAGAAAAACCAUUCAUUAUUGGGUUUUGUGCAGUAUACAUUUUCCCACAAAACAGCUGUAAAGAUUUAAGUUAUUUUAAUUUAUUGUGGAUCAAAAACUAGAUUAAACUGGUCAGAAUUUGUAAAUUACUUAGUUUAUAUCCCUUUUGAGCAGGUAUCAAAAUGACUUAGACUCCUUAAAAUAAAAUUGCAUUCUAAUUAUUUUAAUUUAUGUGGAAAAAGUAAGGUGGGAAAGUUGUGAAUAGCUUUAAAAAGAUCAUUUUUUUCCAAUCCUCUGGGCAUUUUCUUUGAGCUGUUAGUUUUGGCUUUAUUUAAAGCAUAUUUAAGUUAUUUUAAUGUGGGUUAGGGGCACAACGUGCAGAUACUUCAUUUUUGUAAGGUUGUAAUAGAUGCUGUUUAUACUAAACAUGUCAUAUCUAUGCAGUAUAUAUAUUAAAAGCUUGUACUGUA